AUGCCGGGCAGGGCACAGGGGGUGCUGCCCCUCCCUCAGCCUCCUGCUGCUACCGGCGACCCCCGGGACCCCGCGGGGCACACGGGCCGGCGGGAGGNGAGCUUCCUGCGGGGCAGCCGGCCCUGCGUCAAGUACACGGGCCACUACUUCAUCACCACUCUGCUCUACUCCUUCUUCCUGGGCUGCUUCGGCGUGGAUCGGUUCUGCCUGGGCCACACCGGCACCGCCGUGGGGAAGCUGCUGACGCUGGGGGGCCUGGGCAUCUGGUGGUUCGUGGAUCUGAUCCUGCUGAUCACCGGGGGGCUGAUGCCCAGCGAUGGCAGCAACUGGUGCACCGUGUACUGACAGGGGCAGCCGGCCCCAGCUGCAGCCCCUGGGAGCCUCUGCUCGCUCCAAGCACCAGCCCAGGCUCUACCCAGCACAACGUGGACUUUCAGAACUGUAACUCAGGGUGCACAGCAGUUACUCUUGGUUAAGGACUCUCUACCAACCUUGGACACAAAGUUGUUCAGGAUGUAUUUUGCUUGUUUAAAAUAAUCUGGCUUCCCACUGCAAAUAGUGACAGCUUAAGAGCUUGCAAACACAGGGCAUCAAACAAACAUGAAUAAAAUCUGGAAGGUGA